CAGGCCAAAGUAAAAAUGAGGAGAAAACAAGGGAGUAUCCCUCUUGGGCUCGCAAAAACCUAAGUCCGAGCAAAGAUGCAGAGAUGGUGCUCGAAGCUCCGGUCGAUUGCCGCCCUCCGUUCAACUGCGAAUAGUCAUUACCCUUUUGUUCCCUAUCGUGUUAUUCAUACUGCUACUAAUUCCAUUGUCAACAGAACCUUCACAUAUUCAAUAUUUUCUCCCAGCUUUAAACCCAUUUGCAAUGGCGGCUCCUUUUCAUUCCCCACUCACUCGUCUCUCCUCCCUCUUUCUUUCACGCAAGUGCGGUACAUCACUGCAAAACAGAGGAAAAGGAAGUUGAAAAGCAGAAAGCCCAUGACUCCGAUCACAUCAAAAGUCAAGAAAAUCAAAAUAAAAUUUUAUUCGUCUUAUAAGGACAGAUUUCGUGUUUUGAAAGAUGGGCAGAUUAGGCGGUGGAAAGAGGGAAAGAGACACAAUGCACAUUUGAAGCCUUUUAUGGUCGAAGUUUGCUAGCCUUUAAUUGUUAUGAAGCUGUGUGUUUUGCUUUGGCGAGUAAGGGCAACUCUGAAACCAGUUUUUGUGGUGGGGGGGCAGAAUCUUCCUGUUGUGGAAAGUGGAACCUAGUGUAUUUGGAAAACAACAACUUUUUAUUGCUAAUUCCUCAGAUUAUCUGCUACGUCAUAACAACACGGCUAUCAGGUAACUCCAUCCACCAAUGCUUGUACAUAUGAGAAGAAAUCACCUAGUAUUUUUGCAUUUUUUGCCUUCUGGGAUUUGAACUUGAGACCUCUUGAUUCUCAACCCACUUCAUUAACCACUAUACUACAAGGUUACACUCUUGGGUGUGGCAAAAGAGCUUUUUCUUUUAAGUGCAGAAAAGUAUUCUGGCUUACCUUGAGCGCUAGUUAUUUAUUUGAUAAUAAUAAUUGCUUGGACCAUAGUAAAAUUACUUAGUUACCAUAUUGGGCACCACAGCUAAAUGUAACGUGGGUGAAUUAAUAACAACAUUUGAUAUGAGAACUUAAUCUUGCGAGUUGUUAGGCUGAAUUAGUCUAACUGCAAUUUCGCUGAUGUUCAACUAUGGGGUAAUUCUGCUUGUUCAGAGGAAUAGGAAGUUCAAAAUUUCCUUAGCAUGGUGAAGUCUGUCAUGAUAUUGCACUUCUCAAUCACUUGCAUUCAUUGUGUGGAUUAGGAAGUUUGGUUUGAGAUCACUUGAUUUUUGGAAAACAAAUCUUUGGGUUUUCCAUGACUCGUGGCCUCUAAAAAAAGUUCCAGGACACCUUUACCAGUUUCAAAGAAAAAAAAAAAAGGAAAAGUUCCAGGACUCAUGGAUUUCAUAAGUUUGAUUAUAUGGUAGAUCCUUGGUUGUAGAAAGAUAGCAAGGUCAAAAUGUUGGAGUAGAUUGCCAGGUUUUCUGUACAUAUAAAUAAAAUGAUAAGAAUUAUCAUUAAAAGAGAUUCUUGAGCGCGCGCACCCAAAGUGGAGGUUCCUCAGUUGAAUUAUCUUCAUGUUGUUGUGUCUGUACACUUGCACUGGUUAUGAACUUCAGUCAUGACUACUUCAUUGUGGCAUUAAAUGGGUAUUGUUUGCUGCAGUCUAAGAAAUCAAAACGUCGACUCAGGCAACCUGCUACUGUACCUGUGGCUUAUGCAAAA